AAGAAUUAAAAGGUGCGCGAGAUACCGAUCUUCAUCACCUGAGAGCUGAGGCGCGCGCGCGACACCGACAACAGAACGAAGUAGCAGGGGGAACGGGUCUCAGGUGAGAGGGGAGACUAUGGACACGUGAGAGGAAAGGAAACCUUUUCUUUCUUGCUGCUGACAAGUUUUCAGGAAACCAGAGGCAUUUUAUUUUGUCUCAGAAGAAUGGACGCUGCUGGGUCACUUCACUGCACUUCCGGUUCCUAAUCACCUGUCCCGUGUUUGUGACCAUGAGGCGGCUCGGGAUCGCGUGCUUACUACUGCUGCUGCUGGGCGCGUGCGUGCCGCGGAGCUGCGCACGACACACCGCACCUGGUUCAGGGUUUGACUGCUGCGAAGGCGACGUUUUGCUCCUGCUGGAUUCAUCCGGAAGCGUCUCCUUCUAUGAGUUCUCCUACAUGCUCCACUUCCUGUCCAACUUGCUCCGCCCCUUCCAGGUUGGGCGUGGCCAUGUCAGGGUUGCGCUGGUGCAGGUGCACACGGAGCCACGGGUGGAGUUCGACUUCGGUGCCCACAGCAGCCAGAACACUCUGCAGGACGCGCUGCUGAGGACACCACAGCUUCGCGGGGACACCAAGACGGAAACAGCGCUGCUAUUGGCUCAGAGGUUGCUGUGGCAACCGGCAGGACAGGAAGCUCCGCCCAGAGUGCUCCUGUGGCUCACAGAUGGGGUGGAGCCAGGGAACGUCGAUGGGCCGAUAGCAGCGCUGCGCAAGGAAGGCGUGUCUGUGCUGGCCGUUUCUACUGGACACUCGAAUUACCAGGUGUUUAGCAGAGCUGUGACUCCGCCCAUCGAGCAACACCUGUACUUUGUAGAUCCUGAUUACAUGCACAUCAUUAUCAAGGACCUGAGAGAAGCCAUCACAGAGCUGAUCUGCACCGAGUGCCUCCACGUACGAGACGUGACUUCCCAUAGUGCCGUGCUGUACUGGCGGCCCGUUCUGACUGCUGGACUCGGACAGUAUGAGCUCCAGUAUGGCCGGAUGGAGUGGAGCAUCGACGCGUACCGAAAACUCACACUAUCACCUGAUCACACCUGGACUGAGCUCACCGACCUGCAGCCCGAUACACACUACAGCGUGCGGCUCACAGCACACACGCCGCACGGCACACGCGGCACAACGCUCAGCGCCGGCUUCACAACCCUGCCAGAAGUCUCGUGUCCUGCGGCGGUGAUGGUGUCGGAAUCUGGUCCGGACCGGCUGCGUGUGAGCUGGUCCCCAGUUGAGUCAGGACGGGUCGAGCGGUACCGGGUGGAGUUUGGGCCGAUCCCACGGGGGGACGUACGCUCUGUGACGGUGUCCGGGUCGCAGAGCAGUGUGAUGCUCACACAGCUCCAGCCCGACACACACUACCUCAUCACCAUCAGCGCCAUACACUCCUCCGGCCAGGAGGGGGCGAUCUCAGUUAAAGCCUGCACUCAGGAGGUUCUCGCGGCCGUACGCGACCUCCGAUUGACACCGAUGGGCCUGGACUCGGUGAAAGUGGACUGGACGACUCAGGAGCAAGGGGCGGGGCUUCAGGGUUACUGGGUGAAGUGGGAGACGGGAGAACACUCUCCAUCCUUGUCCUCGUCAUCGCGUUACCUGCCUGCUCGGUCGCUCUCCACUGUACUGACACACCUGAACCCCACCACCCGGGUGUGUGUAUCACCUGUGUACAGGACGGCGCGUGGCGAGGGGCAGUGCUGCACUACACACACAUACACAGCUGCUUCGUGAAAAGACAGAAGGUUCCAGACUCCAGAGGAAGAAAAGCGACCGGCUUUUGGUGUGCAGUGGAGGAGAAAAAAACCCACUUUCACACUAUCUGGUUUUAUAUCAUAGAGACUGGCUUUUGUAUUCCGUUAUCAAGAGUGUAUUUUAUAUGAAUUAACGUAACCCCGGUGUGGAACAGCGAUAAUCAUGAGUGUUAUUUAAAAUUCUCUCAGAAAUCCUGUCAGCUUACUUCAUAUAAUCUAUCAUGAUAAAGUCAGCGUUACAGAUUUAUGAAUGACUCAAAAACUCCUGCUAGAUAUCCUGUCAGGUUAGCUCACCCUACUUGCUAACUUACUACCGUUUAGCUAGCAUGAAACAAAGCUGACUUUUUAUAUCCUUUAUAUCAGAAAUCCUGUCAGGUUAGCUCUUGUUAGCUUGCUGCCUAGUAGUAGCGAUGAAGAUUUCUGAAAAUGACUUUAAAAUCCUCUCAGAAAUCCUGUUAGCUUCGAUUAUCCAGGUGAUGGUACUCAGCAGUAAAGAUUAUGAACAUUUCUGAACUUUAUUUCAGAUUCCCUCACUGUCAAGUUAGUUCAUUUUGACUCAGAGACCUUCUCAAAUUCUGUCACCUAGUUCAGGUUGCUAGUUAUCCGCCUAGCGUAAGCGAUGAAGAUUUGUGAAUAUUACUUUACAGUUCUCUCAGAAAUCUUGUCAGGUUAUCUUAUGUUAGCCAUCUAGCUAGUGUGAGAAGUGCACAUCAAAAACCUUUAUGAAAAUCCUCUCAGAAAUCCUGCUGGGUUAGUUUUAUAUCGGACAGGCUGCUAGCCUUCGCAGCACUCUUUGUGAAGUUGUCAUGAAAUUGACCAGAACUAAAUCACACAAUAAAGCAGAACAUUCUUUGACAUCAUUUUACUUUCCAUUUAAACCUCGAAAAUAGUCACUUCUCUAGAGUCUUUAAGAACAAAUAACCCAAAUUAUGUUACAGACAGGACUACAGAUUUACAGAAUAGAAAAUAAAACUCAAUAAUGUUAUAUAUGAUUGUAUUGAUGUAAAGGGAAUAAUGCCUGGUGUUGCCCUGCGGUCUGGAUUAUCACCCCUGAGCUGGGCUCGGAACAAAGGAGAACAAAAAUCUUUACUUCAUCUUCACUUGAGGCUGUGACCUGAAUAAAUAAAAGAGAUGAUCGAUCGGGAUCAGUCGUGCGAGAGGUUAAAGGUCAACAAGGGAGAAGAAACAAAUGCAUCUCGACAUCUCGAUGUGAUUUGUGGGGUUUAGAGAACUUAAUUCAAUCCCUGUCUUCAUGUACAGCCUUUAAUUAUCUCUCUCUCUCUCUCUCUCUCACACACACACACCCUAAAUCACUUGGCACACACUGCCACCCAGUGGCCUCUGCACACAGUCAUACAAAAACAUUACACCCACAUUGUUCAAAAAAAAAAAAAAAAAAAGGAAACGUACCUUUAUUUGGUCAUUUAUCUCCUAAAAACGAAGAUGUCCAAAAAUUUAUACUUCAAAUGUUGGCAUCUUCUUGCAACAAGACAACAAUCCAAAACAAAAUGAACUGAAAAAUGAUCUACAAGCCGAGAGGGUUUUUUUUUUUUAUUUUAAUAAUGUUUUCAGGCGUCACGUGUCACACAGAGAUUUUAAUAGAGAAUAUAUUUACAAAGGGAGGAGCAAACGUGUGAAGUGAUAUGAGUUGAAUGUUUCACUAUAGAUACACAUAUUUUUGUUACUUAUGAUAAAGAAGAGACAUCUGUGAAAGCAAACUCACUAAACAUCUGAUUGGAUAAAAUACA